AUGUGGAAGAAACAAAUUGAUAAGAUAUUAACGGCUAUGAAGUGUGAUGAAUACCAGAAAGUAGAAUUGGCUAUUUACAUGCUAGAAGGGGAGGCGGAUCAUUGGUGGGACUCGAUCGUUAGGAUGAACCUGAGAGUUGAAGCCUGGACCUGGGCCCAAUUUUGUAAGAAGUUUGACAAUAAAUACUUUCCUUUGUAUGUGAAAAAUCAAAAGGCAAGAGAAUUCAUGAAAUUGGAGCAGGGUGAUUUGACAGUGCACCAGUAUGAUGCUAAGUUCACGGAGCUAUCGCGAUUUAUAACUUUUUUGGUGUCCGAUGAAACCUGUAAGGCACAAAAAUUUGAGGAAGGUCUGAGAGCCUCUAUUCGUAGCCGAUUAACUCCUUUCUUACAGAAGACCUAUGCUGAAGUGUUGAAGUGUGUCUUAUCAGUGGAGAAAGACAUCAACGAAUAUUGGAAGAAUCGUGAUCAGAGGAAGGACGUAAAGAGUGGUGCUAGAACUGCUACAUAUAUAUCUCCAGCCCAGCAAGAUGUAGCUAAGAGAGGGAGAAUAACAUCGACAUCGAUGGCCAGACCGACGACAGCACUUCCUGCACCACGAUUUUUGGGAUUUUGCUAUAAUUGUGGACUCGAGGGUCACACUUCUCGUUUUUGUUCCAGACCACAGUGCACUUAA